CCUGCAGUUUGGAAGGGUUAGUGAGCAACACACACAAACUUGCCCACUCAGCACACAUGCACGCACACCCACACGCAACACAGGACUCUGCCGGCCUCACUGGAAAAUGAAUCUAAUGAAGGGAAGGACAAUCCGCCAGCAGCAUGGACUCUGAAUCUCUGGACAGCUGUAUCCAGAGCACGCUCUCUGCUCUCUACCCUCCAUUUGAAGCCACUGCGGCCACCGUGCUAUGCCAGGUGUUGGACGUGGUCGAGACAACAUACCGUGGGGACGGGCUGCGCUACAUCAUUGACUUCCUGGUGCCUGCUAAACACAUCCUUCAGAGCAUUCAACAAGAUGCAUGCUUUCCAUACUGUGGUUACCUUUUUCGUCAUGAAGGCUGGCCACUGUGUGUUCAUGAGAAGGUCAUAAUCCAGCUCUCCUCUUUGGAUUGGCGUGUGUUACGGCCCAGCGACUUCUACUUGCAGGUGACGCCAACACCCAGAAGUCCCCCGCGCAUCACAGUGAAGUGUCUGGCAGUUAGUGGGCAGCAUGUGGAGGAGCUUACCAUACCGGAGCUAGCAUACACCUCUCUAAUCACCAUGGACUGGCUGGAGUCCAUCAACCGGGAGAGGAGUGUAGUCAGAAGAGCCGCCCUGGAACACUGUCUUUUAUCAGCAGAUAAUGACAUUUUUAGGGUACCGUGGGAGGAUAUUGUUCACCCAGAGUUUAUCAGCAGGCCUUCCCAAGUUACAGAACAAGGCGGAAGUAGAGGAAUGGCGAAGGAAGUUCCAGACACAGAUGGGAGGGACUCUGACGUUGAUCAAAAAGACAACCCUGAGGACAUACAAUGUAGGAUUUUUAUUGACACUUCCACAGACCAAUCAGGGGAGAUGGACUGUCAGAGCAAGGGGGUUAAGCUCCUCCCUGCUCUCAGUGAGAUCAAUAAAGAUAGCAGUGGGCGGAGCUCUAGCAGCACAGCAGAGGAUUCAGAAGGGGAGUAUGUGGAGCUAGCCGAUAUCACCUUACCACGCUUUUCCCCACAGAAGGGCUCUCUCACUCAAGCCAUUAGUAUGAACUACAGAAAUCUACAUAAACCACAGACUGCUGGUUCUACUCAGCCUAAAGCCAAACCAGAGGAAGGUCUUUUGAAGAAUGGUGCAUGCUCACAGAGCAUGGUGUGUGCCAUGCUGAUUGAGGAAAACCUGAGUGAUGCCUACCAAUCUGUGAUCUUAACCCCCACUGCUCUUGCAGAGGCAGAGCGUCCGCUCCAGCAGGUGGACGUGUCUAAGCCCACAUCUGCUGCAGGUACAACCUCCUUUGACCGUGUGUCUGAGCAUGAGUCUGAGAUAGAGAUGUCCGAUUAUGAUACUGCUCCAUCUGAUAUGUCAACACAAACAGACAGUAAACCAGUCGUCAGAUCACUAGACAACAGUGUCAUCAGCACAUCACAACCUGACAGCAAACUAGACAGCACAUCACAACUAGUCAGUGAGCCAAUCAAGACAUCACAACCUGACAGCACAUCACAACUAGUCAGUGAGCCAAUCAAGACAUCACAACCUGACAGCACAUCACAACUAGUCAGUGAGCCAAUCAAGACAUCACAACCUGACAGCACAUCACAGCUUGUCAGUGAGCCAAUCAAGACAUCACAACCAAACAUUGAACCAGUAAGCAUAUCUCAACCAGACCUUAAACCACUAUGCAUAUCACAACCAGACAGCAGCACGUCACAGCUAGACAAUGACCCAGUCAAGACAUCACAAUCAGAAGUUGAACCAGUAAGCAUUUGUCAGCUAGACAGUAAUUUAGCCAGCACAUCACAACCAGACUGCAAACCAGUCAGCAUGUCACUAAUAGUCAAUGAGCCAGUAAGCAUAUUUCAACUAGACAGCAAGCUAGUUAGCACAUCACAACCAGAUGACCAACGAUUUGACACAUCACAACUAGAAUGUGAACUAGCUAGCAAAUCUCCACCAGACAGCAAACCACUCAACACAUCACAUCUAGACAAAAUGCCUCUAAGAAUAUCACAACCAAACAGCAAAACAGUCGACAUGGUGCAACCACACAGUGAAGUAACUAGUACAUCACAGCCAGAGAAUGAAAUGUUAUUUGGUAAUUUAGAGAGUAAAAACUCAGAACAAGUUUCUCUGGACAAUAUUGAACUCUUUGUGUCUGAUCCUGCUGCAGAAGCAAAGGUCAGAUCUAAAUCUGAACAGAUGAGAGGUGAUUGUGGCCUGGAAAGCAGUUGUGAUCAGCUGAACAGUGGAGAGUCUGUCUCCGAGCCUCAAGAUAUCAGUGUGUCUUUACAGAAUCAGACUGAGCAAACUCACAGCCCAUGUCAGAUACACACACACAUUCAUACACCACCUGAGAAAGUGCAUGAUCUUAUUGCCUUAAAAGAGGACCAUAACGCAUUAAGUAACAGUAGUCAUGACAAGAAUGUAUCUGAUGGUGAUUAUAGUCCCAGCGCAGAGAAAGAAGGUGGGCUUAUUUCGGCUGCUCCGCAAAGCGACCAGGUAGCCUUGGCCUCUGUCACCACAGCGCCAGGGGAGGAUCCGGUUACACUCAUUUCACAAGGUCAGGUGAGGACAGAAUCCUCUGAGGACAGAAACGAGACAGAGGUGGAACCACAGACAAAGGAAGAACAUGCAGAAAGAGAUGUAGCGGGAAAUUCGCCUUGUAAGGAGGCAAAAACAGUAGAAAAGGAAAGCUUUAGAGUGUUGGAAAGCAAGACGGAGAAUGAAUUAGAAGCAGUUUGUAAGGCAGAGGAAGUUGAGACUGCUCAAACAGGUCUGGUAGAUACCACGCCCAAGUCUGACUCAGACGUUCGAGUUCAGGAGGAGGGCAGCUUCUCUGUAGGAACAGAUGAGGUUGAGAAGAAACAAACCAAUGUUAAAGAGCAAGGGGUUGAGGAAGUGGAGACCAAGGCCAAUACUGUGAGUGAGCAGGAGGCCAUAGUGACCAACUAUUCUGAAGUCCAGUCAGCAUGCGCUCAAGUCCUUGAUAUGGCCCCAGAUAUGCCAAACACAAAUGGACAUAUGCACACUAAGGACACACCUACCACCGAACGAGAAGGGCAAAAAACAGAGGAGGAGAGAAGGGGGGGAAAGGAGGAGAGGCAAGAGGAUGAGGUUUCUUCCUCUGUGAAUGGCUCUCCAGCAGAGCAUCAGCAGCAAGCGGACAUGGAGUCCCAUUACCAUCAUCAGGAAGAGCAAGCUUUCAGUCAGGAAGGAGACCACAUUGUUUGCCACCUGUCUGCUAAAACCCAGAGUGAAGACACCUCAGCAGUUCAUCCACCACUGCCGCCCAUCUCCCAGAGGAACCAGCCUGUCCAGAGUGAAGCGCAUGACAUCAAUCCUGAUGUCCUGAACUCAGGAGUGCUCUGCCUACCUGGAACAAGAGAUAAAUCAGGGCAUGCCCUUGUUACCGUGACAAUGAGAAAUACUAUCUGGUUGAAUCCAAACUGCAACAGUGGAGAGCUGGUGCGGAUCAUGGUCUACUUCAUCAGUACACUCAGGAAGGAAGUUAGUGCUUUGGGACUGACAGUCCUGGUGGAUGCCCGCAAAUGUUCUCCUGUCCCCGCCCUCUUUAAAGCCUUCAACAUCCUCCAGGAAGCUAUGCAGGGAUGCAUCCAUACAGUGCUGCUGCUGGCCGACAGAGAUUUGGCUCUGCGAUUGGAGAAAACCUCUUCUAUACAGGUGGAGUUGUUGACAUCUUUGAAGUCUCUUUAUAAGCAUGUUGACAUCGCUCAACUUCCCACUGAGUUUGAAGGCACUUUCCCGUAUUCCCACAGCAGCUGGGUCUGUUUCAGAAUGAGGUUGGAGCAGCUGACCAGCCAUUGUGAGGAUGCUGUGAACCUGCUCCAGAAAUCCAUCAGCAUACUGGAGUCUGCAGUGCUGCCACCUACAGCAGAGGAGGCACAGAUCUUAUUGUGUAAGUACAGAGAGCUGAUGAGGUCUGUUCUGGAGGACAGCAGGCUGGUGCGGCUACAGUUGGAGGGAGGAGCCGCUCUGUCCCGUUUACGAAAAGAAGAGAGCAGCGUCAGUUUGACAGAGGACUACAGAGAUGCCAUCGAGAAUGGAGGACAUCUGUAUAACCAAGUGGACGAGCUGGUUCACAGACUUGUGAUGCUGUCCAACAAAUGCACACAGGAACUGGAAUUUAUUAUGGAGUUUAAGACCUUGGAGGAGGGAUUCAGAGAGGUGAGUCAGUGGAUAGAGGAGGUGGGAGAGUCUCGUCUCCAGACACUGAGUGAGCUGGAAGAGUCCUUGGAGCAGUUACAUCAUAAACAGACUGUCUUCAGAGAAUUUUACGCUGCUGCAUACGAGCACUGUAAGAGCGGUGAAGCUCUCCUUAAGCGCUUAGAGAAGUGGGAAGACAUCUCCUCUUCGGAGCUGCAGGUAUACGAGGUGAAAGUACGCUCAUUCUGGGUCCAUCUACAUGAUUUCUCCCAGCGAGUGGAGGACACCAAGGAUAAAAUUGACAAGACUGUCAGACUCUACGAGUUCUUUGACAAGGCGUAUGAAUGGGCACUAGAGGGCAUGCGUCAUUUGGCGUGUGUUAGUAUGGAGGAGUGUGGCAUGUCUGAGAAAUGUCAGAGCGUGAUCACAUGUUUGGAGACCUAUCGCACACAGCACCCACCGAUCCAAGACGCACACUUCCAGGAGAUGAAGGACCUCGCUGGGGAGCUGAAGAGUGAGCAGGGACUCAAGCAGUGGAAGUUCGCCUGGUCCAAGUGUCAGGAGACAAAGCAGAUGUUUGAGAAGAAGCUGGAGAUGGCCCUGCGCUCCCGCCGCGAGAGCGACACCAAAUCAGCAAGGGGUGACUCUUCUCGGCGGAACUCGGACAGUAGCGCUAAACCUCAGGAGCGUAGCAGUAGCAUCUCCUUCUCAUGUCGAAAAGCGUUCGGCGGUGGCUGGGGUCGGGAUAGACUUUCCUCACAGUCCAGCACGUCUUCAACUCCCAGCAGCCCUUUAGGUACACGCCUGGACGCUCGUGACUCUGUCCGAACCCCGACAGGGAGUCUAUACAGCAUUGAGCACAGAAUUCCCCACAACACCCCUGUUAGAUCCCACAGGCUAACACGUAGCAUCUCCACAGACGAGUCUCCUCAGCAGCCGCAUCUGGGGCUGGCGUGUGCUACGAGCCCAAGCCUCACCUCUAUUGAACCAAACCGCAGGGUUUUGCGAAAGACCCAGAGCUUCGAUACUGCCGGUAGCGAGUCUGUGUCACGGUAUGGGACCUGUCAGAGAACUUUGAGUGAGCCUGCACGGAGAGGAAACACAGGGGUGUUCAUUAAAGGUCUGGAGGUGAGCAGCACUGAAGUGAUCGAUCGGCCAUACAGCCCGCGACUCCCGCCCAUGCAUGGAUGGUCUUCUCUAGAUGCUCACUGCAGUGGGAGUCCUGCUCCCGAAACACGCAGCAAGGGCAGUAAACUACGCCACAUUGUUGAUGAGAUGGUCACAACCGAGCGGGAAUAUGUACGCUCUCUGCGGUACAUCAUUGAUAACUAUUUCCCUGAGAUGGAGCGCGCUGACCUGCCUCAGGAUCUGCGGGGGAAACGCAGCGUCAUCUUCGGCAACCUAGAGAAAUUAGUGGACUUCCACAGCCAGUAUUUCCUCAAAGAGCUGGAAAGCUGCUGCAACCAUCCAUUACGUGUCAGCCACUGCUUCCUACGACAUCAAGACCAGUUUAGCUUGUAUGCUUUAUACAGCAAGAACAAGCCAAAGUCGGACACACUCCUGGCCAGCCAUGGAAACAGCUUCUUUAGGCAUAAGCAGCUGGAGUUGGGGGAUAAGAUGGAUCUGGCGUCGUACCUGCUGAAGCCCAUCCAGCGCAUGAGUAAGUACGCCCUGCUGCUGAAAGACCUGAGCAAAGAAGUGAGCGAGGUCCAGGAGCAGGAGCUAACAUACCUACGUGCCGCCACCGAGAUGGUCAAAUUCCAGCUUCGCCACGGCAACGAUCUGCUCGCCAUGGACGCCAUCAGAGACUGUGAUGUGAAUCUUAAGGAACAGGGACAAUUAGUUCGCCAAGAUGAGUUCACGAUUUUGUAUGGCAGGAAGAAGUGCCAAAGACAUGUGUUCCUGUUUGAGGAUCUGGUGCUAUUCAGCAAACCCAAACGCAUUGAGGGUGGCCUAGAUGUUUACAUAUACAAACACUCUUUUAAGACCGCUGAUGUGGGUAUGACAGAGACAUCAGGUGAGAACGUUCUGAGGUUUGAGGUUUGGUUCCGGAGGAGAACUUCAAAAAACCAGACCUACGUUCUCCAGGCCAGCAAUGCAGACGUCAAACACGCCUGGACCUGUGACAUCGCACGGAUACUAUGGCAGCAGGCCACACGGAAUAAAGAAAUUCGAAUGCAGGAGAUGGUCUCUAUGGGGGUGGGCAAUAAACCCUUUCUGGACAUUAAACCUAGCGAUGCUGCUAUCAACGACAGAGCCAUAGACUACAUCAUGAAAGGCAGAGGGGCCAGGACGAGAGCAUCCAUUGCCGUAUCGCUGUUUGACCACUCAAACCCGUUUAAACGAGCUGCAGUAAACGCCCCUGUUAGCGGCCCCCCGGUGGCUGGUGGCCCCUCCUCUUCCACUCUGCUGGGGCCCUUAAAUCUGCAUAUGUAUAGCAGCCAAAGCCUGUUAACAGGGGAGAGACCUCUCAUCAGCCCCUGCAUCGAGGAAGACGAGCUGGAACAUGAGACCAGCAGUCAGCCGUCUAUGACUACAGAGAGCUCGGGUUCCUCGUCUCACUGUCUGUCUGGUAGUGGCUCGAGCGGGUCAGACAGCGGAUGUGUGUCCAGUCACCUUCCCGAGGCUUUGUCCGAGGAGCCCAGCUCACCAUGUGACUCCUCCUGUUACUCCUCCAUCACCUCUCCAACGCAAGAGAAAGCCUGCUUUAACAGCCAGUACAUCUCAGCGGGGGAAACACAGGUGAUUGGUCCCUCUACUAUAGUGUGAGCUCAGUAACCACUGCUGCAGUUUAAGACCCGUCUGCUUCAGAUUGAGAGGACAACGUUGCCACACCGAAGAGGAGUACAGAGCUAGUAUUUAUUGUUCCUACUGAGUGCAAGCAAAUCUCUUACAGAGUUUAAAAAGCACUCGAAAUAGCACUGUUUCUCUUUUUCUUUUUUUAAGCCACUUUUAGCUUCAAUAGCUUUUAUAUAAAUUUAAAAAUGAUCUAUAAAAGUGAAUAAAUAUUCUUGUAUUUAUCUUCUUUUCAAAUGUUAAGAUACAGUAGUGUUCUCAGAUGUAUUAAUAACUGUAAAUACUGUAGUAACGUACAAAACACUUCUCUCUUGCGGUUAUUCAGUUCCCACUUUUUCUCGUUGUUGUUGCCCACUUUGCUGCAGACUUAAGCUGGUUUGAUUUAGAAAAAUGCCCUAAUGUUAAAAGGCAUGUUCUGAGCAUCAGUUACACUAAAGGUGUUAAGCAGUGUUUAAAGCAUUUGUUGUAGAGUUUCUGCUCUUUCUAGCGUUUCCAUGGUUUUUUGGGCCUGAGGUCAGUGUGCGGUGGAAACAGUUUUUGUUAGCUGCCUUGAUCCAGAAUAAGAGAGCAUUAAUUCAGAUCAUACGACUGACCUCAGGUCAGCUCUGCCCUGCACUGCUGCUUCUGGGUGCUAGCUAUUGCUGCUACCUUUUUGGAAAUGGAAGAGUUUUCAUUUCAGUUCUUAUUUACAUUAACAAGUAUAACAAAAAAAACAACAUGUAAAUUGUAAAUAGUUGCGCCAGUGGUGCUUUAAGGACAUAGCGUUUAGAAAGUAAUCUUUAUACAUGUAUUAACCAGUCAACAUGGGAAUCACUUAAGUGCCAUUCUUUGUUGCCAAUUUAAAUUGUAAGUGUACAAACAAAAGAUAAUAAAAAAAGGCAUUGCAAGUUCCACUUCUAGCUGGAGCAU